AUGCGGCGUGCCACGACCAAACACGACAUUCCCAACGACCAGCGGUUAAGUUUGUACCACGAGCUGCUGCAGCACAAAGAGAACGGUCGGCUUCCCUACGGCAAAGGCAAGGAACUCAUGCAGCAGUACGGCCUGUCGAAGCAAACGUUGUCCAAGAUUUGGAAGGCGGGACAGGAGUCCAAGGCUCGCACUGGCCUUGCCAACGUCGCCAACAAGAAGAAAGGCCGGUGUGGUCGUCCACGUCGUCGAUCGAUCAAGGACUUGGAAGUUGCCAUCAAAGCCGUGCCACCCCAUUUGCGCCUGACCCUGCGAUCGUUGGCGGUGUCCAGUGGCAUUGCUCCCACGACUCUCUGGCGGCUGCUGCAGUCAAAGAAGCUACGACCUGACCGGGUGGUGUUCGCGCGCUCAUUUCUUCGACAGUGUCGUGACGGCAUGAUGUGGCACGACAUGAUGGACCGUGUCCACAUCGAUGAGAAGUGGUUCUAUGUUACGAUGGUCAAGCGGCGUUACUACCUAUGGCACGACGAAGACUUGCCGGUUCGAAAAUGCUCGUCCAAACGCCACAUCAUCAAGGUUAUGUUCUUGACCGCCGUUGCCCGUCCCCGCUAUGACCAUGGCAGCAAGACGAUGUGGGAUGGCAAGAUCGGGAUGUGGCCGUUCGUGUCCGAGGUCCCUGCUCAACGAACUAGCAAGAACCGACCUCGUGGGACCAUGGUCACGGCCCCAAUCACAGUGACGAAGCCUGUGUACCGCGAUUUCCUCGUCAACAAGGUAGUGCCGCGAAUCAAGCAAGUUUGGCCUGGACGGCGCGACGUGCCUGUUUACAUCCAGCAGGACAACGCGCAUGUUCAAGUUGACGACGUGGCAGUGGCUACUGCUGGUACCACUGGCGGCUGGAGAAUCCAACUUGUCGCCCAGCCCGCCAUGAGUCCCGAUUUCAAUGUGCUCGACCUAGGGUUCUUCAACUCAAUCCAAGCACUGCAGCAUCGCCAGGUGGUCACCUGCAUCGACGAUCUCGUUGCAGCCGUUCAUGCGGCCUUCGAUGAGCUGGACCUUCGUACUUUGGACAAGGCGUUCGUGACUCUUCAAAAGGUCAUGGAAGAGUCUUUGAAGGUCGGUGGAGACAACACGUACAAGUUGCCACAUUUGCACAAGGACAAGCUUGCAAGACAGGGAUUGCUGACAUCUCAAUUGGCGUGUGACCCAGACGUUGCUGGUGCCAUCGAAGCGAUGAAUAGUCGGAUGGACUUCGAGCCACUUCCUGCACACACAUAUCGCCACUACAUGCCUCCUCGUUCACCACGGCGAACCGGUGAUGCUUCUGUCGCCGUCCGGGACCUCGCGGACGUGCGCAAGCACUUGAGCUUCGCCCAUCGCCGCACGGCCUACGAAACGCUGCUUAGCGUCGCCGUUGAUGGUGUGCUGCCCCGUGGGGCUCUCACUGAGCUUGCACAGAUGUUUCGCUGCCAUCCGCAAACGAUAUCACGUCUGUGGACGCAAGCGCGUCUCUCGCUCCGCGGCGGCCACUGUGCCGCCGAUGUCGCCUCAAAAACCAAGGGGAACUCUGGACGCCAUGCGCUCCGAACAAGCGACGAAAUUGAAGCUGCCAUCCGAAACGUGCCACAAAUGCAACGGCAGACCUUACGCUCUCUGUCGGCCGCGUGUGGAAUCCCCAUGACGACGAUCUUUAGCCACAUGAAGAAGAAUCCUCGCUCCAAGGCGCGGUCAAACUACGUCAAGCCCCAUCUUACCCCUGCGAACAUCGAAGAACGACUCAAGUUUGCCAUGUCCUUCGUUCGGCCUUUGCCAAGUGGACGCCAUCUUUUCAACGACAUGCACGACUAUGUGCAUGUUGACGAAAAGUGGUUCUACUUGACGAAGGUUAAACGUAGGUACUAUGUGUACGACGACGAAGAGGUCGCGGCUCGGGCGGUCAAGUCCAAGCGCUUUAUCACCAAGGUGAUGUUCCUUGCCGCUGUGGCCAGGCCGCGAUAUGACCCACACGGCAAAAAGGAAUGGGACGGCAAGGUUGGUGUUUGGCCCUUCGUUCAAGUGACGCCAGCGCAGCGUGGAAGCAAGAACAGGUCGAAGGGCGCCAUGAAAAGCUUUGUGCACAUGGAGUUUGUGGCAUUGGAGUGGCUAACCAACCCCCGAACAGCCCCGAUUUCAACGUGUUAG